AUGGACGAGUUCAACAACACAGACACAGACAGCGACUACACGUCCUUCUGGAGAGAUUGGUUCAUAUCCUCCCGAGGCAACGAAUACUUCUGCGAAAUAGACGAAGAGUACCUAACCGACCGCUUCAACCUAACGGGCCUCAACACCGAGGUCCAAUACUACCAGUAUGCGCUGGACAUGGUGACGGACCUGUUCGACCUAGACGCCGACGAGGAUCUACGAGAACAAAUUGAGAAAUCCGCCCGACAUCUCUACGGCCUGGUUCAUGCCCGGUACAUCGUUACCACGCGCGGCCUCGCAAAAAUGGUCGAGAAAUACAAAAACGCAGAUUUCGGCAAAUGCCCGCGCGUGAUGUGCGAGCAACACCCGCUCCUACCCAUGGGCCAAUCCGACAUCCCCGGCCAAAAACCCGUCAAGCUAUACUGCGCCAAAUGCGAAGACAUAUAUAACCCAAAAUCAUCCCGGCACGCAGCCGUCGACGGCGCCUACUUCGGGUCUUCCUUCCACAACGUGCUGUUCCAGGUAUACCCGGACCUAAUACCGGACAAGUCGCGACAGAGGUAUGAGCCGCGGGUGUUUGGGUUCAGGGUGCAUGCGUGCGCUGCGCUGGCGAGAUGGCAGGAUCGAAAACAAGAGGAGCUGCUGGGCCGGUUGCGGGAGCUGGAUAUGGAGAGUCCGUUUAUCGAGGAUCGGGAAGGGGAUGAAGAUGAGGAUGAGCUUGAGGAGGAUGAGGAUGAGGGCGGGGAUUCGAUUAUGAAGGAUGAGAGUAUGCCUGUUGCAUGA